AUGAUGGAGCAUGGUAACGGGAGUGACAAGAUAUUCGACUUGAAUUCAAUAAGUCGAGAGAAGUUAGAGUUGGUUGAAGUAUUUUAUGAUAAGAUGAAAGAUACAACAAAUGCGAAUGCAUUAUAUUUAUAUGCUUUGCAAAUAUUUAAAAUAUGCAAUAUACAUAAUGAAUUACCUAGACUUGUAGUUUUUGGACAACAGUCUAUGGGUAAAACAACAUUAUUAGAUUUUAUUAUGGGUGGUCCUAUGGGAUAUACAAGUACAGAUACAGGAACAAAACAACCCAUUGUCAUUAUACUAAAACCUAGUGAUACUAAUAAAAUAGAAUGUUAUUUAAAUAAAAAGAAAGUAAAUAUAGAUGACUUACAUGAAAAAAUGAAAGCAAUUAUGUUAAAUUUAAAUGAAUCUAUUAUACACAAAGAAUUAGAAGUAGAACUUUCUAUUCCUGGUGGUAUUUAUGCAACUUUUGUUGAUCUACCAGGUAUUAAAGAUGAUUCUAAAGCAGGUUCAGAAUUGACAAGAAAAAUUGUUAGAAAUUAUGUUCAAAAUUUUCCUAAUGAUAUAUAUAUAUUGGUCAAAAAAGCAUCUGACGAUCCUGCCAAUUGGCCAUAUAAUUUGAGAGAGUUUAUAUUGAAGCCCCGUCCGCUCGGGCUGGGAUUGCAACCCAAACAGUGUAUCGUCGUAGGUACCAGGGCACUUGAAUUUCUAAACAACGAACUUACAAACAUUAAAACCCUGUCGGAGUUAUAUGAUCGAGUUAAAAAAAGAAGUAUCACGGAUAAUAAUGAUAAUGUCCUUCCCUUAUAUUUAUUAGAACUGUUUUCUAUUCCUAUAGAACAGAAAGAGAAGAACGAUUUUUUAACGAAUCGUAUAUCAAUGUAUUCUAAAAUACUUAAUGGUAGAAAGAAUGUUUUAGAUUUAUUAUUAAACAAAUUUGAGAAUGAUUGUAAUGAUUCUAUAAAAAAAGAAUUGAUUGAUUGUUUUGAUGUUGAAAAAUUUAAACAGGAAGUGAAUAGUAAAUUUAUGAAUAUAUUAAUCCAACAAUUACGUAAGGUAGAAGUAAAAUUAGAAAAAAAGAAAUCAAAGAUGGAUUUUAAUAAUAAGAAAUUAGAAGAAUUAUAUAAUAAAGGAAAUAUAUUAAGUGUAAGAGAACAAGUAAAAUUAUAUAUACGUGAAUUAGUUAAUAUAGUUUCUAAUUUAUUAACAGGAAAUUAUCCUAUAUUAAAUUUGCCAAAAAAUGGAGAAAAUUUUUUAAAAAAAUAUGGUGGUACAUUAAUGGAUAAUUUAAAAGAUGGUAAUGAAUUAGCUGUGGAAUUAUUUGAAAAACAAGGUUUAUAUGAUGAAAAUUUUUUAAAUUAUUUAAAUGAAUAUUUAUCUAGAUAUAGUAAUGAUAUGGAUUUAAAUAAAUCAGCAUCAUCUGAAUUUAAUUAUAAUAUAAAUGAUAGUUUAAAUAAUUUAAAUAAUAAUAGUAUUGAUGAUAAUAAUAGUAAUAUUAGAACAGAUUCAUAUGAAAAUCAUAUAGAUUUAGAUAAAGUCAAAAUUGAAAAUAAUAAACCUUUAUUAGUAGAAGGAGUUCCAGUGAGAUUUAUGCUAGCUAAAGAAGAAAGUAAUAUGUUUGGUGUUAUACAAAAUGCCCAAUCUGAUUCAAAAGGAAAAAAUAUUUUAGUGAAUUUUUAUUUUAGAAAUAAUAAUACAGAUGAACAAGUACAAGUUAAAUCUGUUGAGAAAGAUAGAUUAACUGUUAUCAAAGCAGUCGAAACUUUAAAUGGAGAUCCAUCGUUUUUAAAUGGAUUACAAGUAUGGUUUAAAAUGGUAAGAGAUGAUGGAUGGGUAGGGUUUGAUAAAGCUGAAAUUAUUAAAGUAUUUAAUAAUAAUAGUAAAAUUAAAGAUGUACUUAUACGUAAUUUGUCAAAAAAUGAUGAAAUAAUAUCAGUCAAAAUUAUUGAUCUUUAUAUGGAUUAUGUAAAUAAUCAUAAUAAUAAUCAUAAUAAUAUUAAUAUAAAUCAUGAUGAAGAUGAUGAAAAUAAAAAUGAUGAUAAUAAUAAUAAUGAUGAUGAUAUCUUAAAAAGAAUUGCUGGACCACAUACAGAUUUAAAAAUAUUAAAUCAAUUAGCUAUUACAUAUAUAUGUAAAUGGUUAAAAUAUAAUAUAUCCAAAUUAGAACCUGAAAAAGAAUUCUCAGAUGAAGUUCUUUUACAAAUGAUGAGAAGUAUUCAUAAUAUUGUAGAUCAAAGUGAUUGGAAACCAUUAAUUGUUGAUUUAUUACAAGCUAAUAUUAGUGGAAAUAUUUUACAUCUUACCAAAUUAGCUAGCUGCUCAGCUGCAGUAGCAUUAAAAAGAGUAUUUAAAGCUGGAUUAGGUGAAAUUAAUAGAAAAAUUAAAAAUAAUUAUAUUGAUGAAAAUAUUUAUUUAUUAAGUACUAAUCAAAAAUUCUUAGAAGAAUUAAAUCAAGCAUUAUAUAAUUUCUGUAAAGAAAGAGCUAUUGUAUGUGCAGGUGAAAUGAAAGAUAUCGUUUUCGAGCAAACAUAUGCAGUACAUUUUGAAAUUAUAGAAGAAAUUUUUGAUGGAUGUAAAUUAUUUGAAGAUAAUUUCUUAACUCCAAAUGGUGUUAAACCAACUAUGUCUAUAAUCAAUAAAAAUGUAAAACAAAAUCUAGCAUAUAGAAAUCAUCAAUUAUCAUUAACAGAUGUAAAGAUAAAUAAAAAAUCUAGAUCAAAAGAAUUAAUUCAAGAAGAGGUCAAAUUACAAUUCUGGGCAAUUAAAAUGUUGAUAUCAGUACCACUCGCUACAAAAAUAUAUGCACAUUUUUUGAAUAAUAUUUUACCAAAAAAUAAGCACCUAGCAAAUGUUUUGGAUUACUCCAUAGACUGUGAGAGUUAUUUAGAGAAGUACAUCCAGAGCAAGUUAUUAAACAAGGAAGUUAACG